AUGGAAGACAGUGUAAACCAAAAUAAUGGUGACAGUAUCGUAACCACAACAGAAACGAAAAAUAAUUCUUCAUUUUCAAUCAGUAAAAAAAAACCAACACUUACCAUUACGGAUCAACUAGAUACAUACUCUAAAGGAAAAAGCGCAUUUGGUCAACCAAAAUUAUUAUCCUUACUAAAUGUUGAAUCUCAAACAGAACUCACUGCAGUUUGGAAUACAUUACCUAAACCUAAGAUAAUUAACGGCACUAAUAAAAGAAAUUCAAUUUGUUUGCCACCAAUUAGGGGAGAAAGCAAUAAGAAUAAUAUAAUAGAUGAUGAUGACGACAACGAUAGUAUAGUAACACAUUGUAGGAAUUGUUUUACACAAAACACACCACUUUGGAGGAGAGAUGAUAUGGGUACAGUUUUAUGUAAUGCAUGUGGACUAUUUUUAAAAUUGCAUGGAAGACCAAGACCGCCAAAAUUACAGAAUGAUAUAAUUAAAACACGAAACAGAAGCAAUAAUAAUAAUAAUAAUAAUAAUAAUGGUCUAUUUCAUAAUAAUUCAAAUAAAAGAAGGAAGAGUAAUCCUGCAGGAUUUGAUUUAUUUACUUCAAGAAAUGUUGAACGUUUUAGAGCAAAAUAUUCUUUAAAUAAUAGAAGAAACGAGGAUGAUCGUCAAGAUAAGGAAAUAUUAAAGAUGGCACACUCAGUGAAACCCAUUUUAAAACCCAAAAAUAUAUAUGAUAUCAAAGCAAAUAAGGACUUGCCUAGCAAGGAAAGGGUCCCUUCUGAAUUAGAAUUAAAUGGCCAAUUUUAUAAAGUUCUUGAGGCCAAAAGAAUCGGUGUGAAUGAAACAGCUCAUAAUCUUUUACAGAGCAUAAAUAACAGGGACAACAUACCAUCGAAUAGCAAUUUGACAAGUUUUAUGGAUGAAAUACCUCGCCAACAAAUAGAUCUGAAAGUUGGGUUACAAAGAGAAGAAGAAAUAAUUAAGUUGAAAACAAGAGUUAUGGAAUUGGAAUUGAUGGCAGGAUUAUAUAAGAAACAUAUAUUUGAGUUGACCGCAAAAUAUAAACUUGGAAGCCAAAGAGGAUAA